AUGGCGGACCAGGAGGAGGACUACAGCUCCUUGCCGCUCCCUGAUCGGUUCACCCAUAAGAUUUGGAAGGUCAGGAAAGCAGCAUACGAAGAUGCCGCAAAACAGUUCUCCGUUUCCCCAGACGAGUCCGAUCCAUGCUUUCGGCCAUUUAUUAACGACCCGAAUCUAUGGAAAUCUGCCGUGACCGACUCCAAUGUCGCCGCCCAACAAGAAGCCAUCAUCGCCCUGUGCGCGUUCCUGAAAUUUGGCGGACGAGAUGGUGCUUUGCGAUCUCGUGGAUUGACAAUCACUCCCAUGGUGGAAAAGUGUCUAUCCUCGACAAGAGCAGCCACCAAGCAAAACGCCCAAGAGGCUUUACUUCUCUACAUUGAACUCGACACUGCUGGGCCCGUUAUUGAAGAUGUCUUGCCAGGAUUGACCAACAAAGUCCCUAAGAAUGUAGCUGCUACGUUAAAUGCGUUGACCGCUAUAUUCCACAACUAUGGAUGCAAAAUAGUCGACCCAAAACCAGUACUGAAAGCCUUGCCAAAGGUCUUUGGUGCGGCUGACAAGAACGUUCGUGCUGAGGCGACCAACCUCACUGUUGAAUUGUACAGAUGGUUGCGCGAAGCCAUGAAGCCUAUGUUCUGGGGUGAACUGAAACCAACCCAACAGACUGACCUGGAAGCGCAGUUUGAGAAAAUCAAGGCAGAGCCGCCUCCAAAACAGGAACGACUCCUUCGGUCUCAACAAGCAGCAGCAGACUCUGCAAUCAAUGGUGGAGAUGACGGCGAUGUUGGAGGAGAUGAUGAGGGGGAAGAGGCGGCUGAGAUGGAUGCGUUUUCUCUGGCUGAGCCAGAAGAUGUUACCAAAAAGAUUCCAGCCAACUUCACCGAUAUGCUUGCCUCCUCGAAGUGGAAGGAUAGGAAGGAGGCCGUCGAGGCCUUGUAUCAGGCGAUAAAUGUCCCCCGUAUCAAGGACAGCGAUUUCAACGAAGUCAAUCGAGGGCUCGCCAAAUGUAUGAAGGACGCCAACGUAGCUGUUGUUACACAAGCAGCGCAGUGCAUUGAACAACUUGCCAAGGGACUGCGACAGAGCUACGGCAAAUAUCGAGCAGUUGUCAUGCAACCUAUAAUGGAUCGAUUAAAGGAGAAGAAGGCAUCAGUUUCGGACGCUCUUGGCGCCGCCCUAGAUGCCGUCUUUACCUCGACUAGCUUGACCGACUGUCUUGAAGAUAUCACGGCGUACUUGAGCAACAAGAACCCUCAGGUUAAAGAAGGCACCAUGAAAUUCCUGAUCCGUUGCCUACGCACCACUAGAACGGUUCCCGCCAAACCUGAGAUUGCCACAAUAUGUGAAGCGGGUAAGAAGCUGCUCUCGGAGUCUAGCCCGGCGCUCCGUGAUGGAGGCGCUGAGAUCCUUGGAACCGUCAUGAAAAUCAUUGGUGAACGGGCCAUGACCCCAUACUUGGACGGUCUCGACGACAUUCGCAAGACAAAGGUCAAAGAGUUCUUCGAGACAGCCGAAGUCAAAGCCAAGGAAAAGCCAAAGCCCGUGCCGGUAGCGAAGGCUCCUCCCCCUUCGGCAAAGAAACCACUCGGCGCAAAGAGGCCGGCUGUGAAAAAGGCCGGAGCUCCUGUGAUGCCUGCAGAGACUCCCACGGCGGCCCCGGCAGCACCCAAGCUUGCGGCUCCCGGUAGCAAACUCGGCGGCCUGAAGCCGUCUGGCCUGGCUGGAUUGAAGGCCCCUCAGAAACGUACACUAGGGGCCCCCGGGGCCGCAUCCCCUCGACGUCCUGCUGCUGGCCCGCCGGUCAUGCCUUCGGAUGAUGAACCUGCAGCUCCACCACCACAGCCUCGAGCUGGGUUGUCUCGAGGUCUCGCUGGCCGCUCGCUGGCAAAGCCUGCGGCAGCUCCAAUAAUGCCUGCCGCCGAUUCUCCGCCACCUGCCAGCGGCCUCUCUGCUGUGGAACGUGCAGAAUUAGAAGAGCUUCGAGCAGCCAACGAAAGACUUUCGCGCCAAGUCGAUGACAUGAGGCAAGAACGGAACAGGUUCAUGUCUGAGAUUCAAGAACUGAAGAAUCAGAAUGCUGGGCUCAUAGAGGACCAUACCAGAGAUGUUCUCAGCAUCAAAGCCAAAGAAACACAGCUUGUAAGAGCCCGAAGCGAUGCUGAGGCUACCGAACAGGUCAACGAGAGGUUACGACGAGAGCUUGAGCGCUUGAAGAGAGCACUGAGCCGGGCUGAGGGCCUAGGCGCGCAGACUGGGAUGGGAAGUCCAGUAACAUCGCCGAUACAUGACGAUGUUGGUAUCUAUCGUGAUUCAGGAGCCGCAUCCUCAAACCGAAACAGAAUGAGCUUCACUAGUACCAUGUCGGAAGAGAAGGAGAAUGGAGAAUUGUCUUAUCCCAGGAGCAAGCUCAGCCCCGAACUUCGCCAUAGUGGAAGCGGAGCUUCCUCUGGACGUGGCUCUCCUGCUAGAGGAUUCAGGAGCGCCAUACCUGCUGCAUAUGAAUCUCACGAGUCCAGCGCACCGACAAGCCGAGAGAGACCCGUUUCGUCUUUACCACAGCCUACAAAUGGCGGCGGGGUCGAGAGUUGGAAACGUGCAGCCGAAGUCACGAGUCAGCUCAAAGCUCGCAUUGAACAAAUGAAGGCUAAGCAAGGCUUUUCUCGACCUUGA